AUGUUCAAACGACCAGCGUUUCUGCAGAGUCGGCGACAUGAAGAGCGCAGCGGUGAUUGGUCGGCGUUUCCUAUACGUCAACUUUUCGUGCUGGCGCUUUGCCGCAUCUGCGAGCCAAUCGCCUUCAUGUCGAUUUUCCCGUACGUCUAUCACAUGGUGGAGUCGUUCCAUGUUACAAGCAAUGAUCGAAAGAUUGCCCUCUACGCUGGUCUGAUCACCUCGUCCUUUACGUUCGCGGAAUUCUCCGCCGGUAUGUUUUGGGGUCGCAUGAGCGACAAGAUUGGUAGAAAGCCGGUCCUGAUCAUGGGCCUGGUUGGAACAGCCAUUAGUAUGGUCGUGUUUGGGUUCGCUCCUAAUUUAGCGACUGCCAUGAUUGCCCGAGCGUUAGGCGGUCUCCUCAACGGGAACAUUGGGGUUCUCCAGACAACUGUUGCAGAGAUUGUCACCGUCAAGGAACAUCAGCCACGCGCCUACUCGAUCAUGCCGUUCGUCUGGUGCUUGGGGUCUAUCAUUGGGCCUGCAAUGGGCGGGGCGUUGUCACAGCCAUGCGACAACUAUCCCUGGUUAUUCUCGGGCGAAUCCAUAUUCAAAAAGUUCCCGUUUCUGCUGCCCAACUUGGUCUGUGUUGUCGUUCUGAUGACUGGGAUCGUGGUUGGGUUGCUGUUCCUGGAGGAGACUCAUCCGGAGAAGAAGUAUCGUCGUGACCGUGGGCUGGAGCUGGGCAAUUGGCUGAUUGGCAGAUGCUGGGGUUCUCGCGUGCAGGCUGUGGAGGAGCAGGAUGUCAAAGCGGAUUCAGCCGAUGCAGGCUAUUUUGACGACUACGACGAGGUUCCUCCGCCAGCUUAUCGGAGCACGGAAACUUCCCCCCGUUUGGGCCCAGUAAGGGAAGUCGAUGACCUGGCUGUGGAUGACGACAUUGAAAAGCAGAUGAGCGGUGGGAAACCCAAGGCCUUUACAAAGCAAGUUAUCUUCAACAUCGUUGGAUAUGGGAUCCUUGCAUACCAUAGUGUUUCCUUCGACCAACUCAUGCCCGUCUUCCUGAGCACGCCCAAGUCCAAGGAAGAUGCCGUCUUACCCUUCAAGUUUACGGGCGGCUUAGGAUUGUCGACCAAGACUAUCGGCCUGAUGCUGGCAGUGCAGGGCGUAUACUCCAUGAUCGCGCAGCUCUGGCUGUUCCCCUUCGUCGUUCGCCACUUUGGGACCCUGCGCACCUUUCGCUUCGUCCUCCUCGUUUGGCCGCCGCUUUAUUUACUAGUCCCAUACCUGAUCCUCCUACCCGAGAAGCUUCAAAUGACCGCCGCAUAUGUCGCCCUGAUCUGCAAGAUUACCUUCCAUGUCAUCGCCUUCCCCUCCACUGCAAUCCUGCUUGCCAACGCAGCACCCUCCUCGAAAGUCCUCGGCUCUAUCAACGGCGCCGCCGCUUCGACAGCCAGUCUCAGCCGCGCCUUUGGCCCGAGUGUAACCGGGUUUCUUCACUCCAAAGGUCUUGACAGCGGUUACUCUGUCAUAUCAUGGUGGGCUUGCGGUAUUGUCUGUCUGAUCGGUGCCAUCCAAAGUUUCUGGAUGGAGGAGUCCGAGCCCCAGCGGUUCAUGGAUGAGAAGAAGCCUGAGCCCGACACGUCUCACACCAGGAAUGUCUUGCGGGGUUCAUUCGCUGCAGACAGGGAAGACGGUACUGCGGAUGAAGUCCGGCGACUGCUUUCCUCAGCACGGACCAGUGUUGACGAACUGGAGGUUCCCAGCAUAGCCGCCGACUUGAGGCCUGUACGGGGUUAAUUCGCUUGCAGGUCUGCGCGUCACCAACGUGCUUGCUAUUUUUGUUUUACCUUGAUGAGCAUUUUAUCAUUCCAUCUCCGUCUUAUACCCGGCGACCACGUUGUUAGCUUGUUUUCUUGUUCGCUUCACUGUCGUUAUUUUUCAGCUUCGCUUGUUCUAUCUGUUUGAUAAUUCUCGCCUUACUUCCCCUCUUCUCUUCCCUUUCUUUUCAUUUUAUUUUAUUUUAUUUUUGUUUUUAGAUUAUGACUCAAGACUGGGCGGCGCUUACAUAGAUGGAUUUGGAUACAUGCAUGUACCGGGAAUCAAAAGCAUGAGUGAGGUGUCUCUGUUGCGUUCAUUUCAUUCUGGGAGGAAUUAUUCUAUCGGGGCAUUUGUGGCCGGAUCUCGUCGGUUUUCAUGAUUGUUCCAUGCAUCCGGGCGGCUGUUUGUCUUUCCAGCUAUCAUCCUACUACUACCAUGUUUGAGAGCACAAUUUCAUAGAUGCGAGGAGC